CGCCACUAACAAAACAGCUUUCUCGCAGUUCAGUGUAAAUCGGUGCGAUAUAGGAUAUACAUGUGCGGUUCCUUGUAUGUGUUACAGACACUUCUGGUCAUUUCUGUGGAUUUUUCUCACCUCAUAAAAGGAUUUUAGAACCUUCACUUGCUGUGUAGUUCAACAUGCCGUUAAUGUCGAGGAAGAAAGACGGCAAGAAGGAAAAAAUCGACGACAGGUUCAAACUGAAGGAGGUCCUCGGAACGGGUGCUUUCUCAGAAGUGGUGCUUGCUGAAGACAAAACAAAUGGGAAGCUAUGGGCAUGUAAAUGCAUAGAUAAGAAGUCGUUGGGAAGAAAAGGAGAAGAGACCUUAGAAAAUGAAGUUGCUGUGCUUAGAAAAUGUAACCAUCCUAAUAUUGUUAAACUACAUGAUAUAUAUGAGAACAAAGCCACAGUAUAUCUUAUCAUGGAUCUUGUGUCAGGCGGAGAAUUGUUUGACAGAAUAGUAGAGAAAGGAAGCUACACAGAGAGAGAUGCAGCAGAUUUAAUUAGACAAGUCUUAGAAGCAGUGAAGUACCUACAUGAUUGCGGUAUUGUGCACCGAGAUCUAAAGCCAGAGAACUUACUAUUUUGGUGUCCUGAUGAAGAUUCAAAAAUCAUGAUCAGUGACUUUGGUUUGUCAAAGAUGGACGAUGGUGCUGGAGAUGAUAUGUCCACAGCUUGCGGUACACCUGGUUACGUAGCACCAGAAGUGCUGGCACAGAAGCCAUAUGGUAAUGCCGUGGAUGUAUGGUCAAUAGGAGUCAUAUCCUAUAUCUUAUUGUGCGGAUAUCCACCUUUUUUUGAUGAAAACGACUCAAACCUCUUCGCACAGAUAAUCAAAGGAGAGUAUGAAUUUGAUUCGCCAUAUUGGGAUGAUAUCUCAGAUGCAGCCAAACAUUUCAUCAGACAUUUAAUGGAAGUGGACGAGAGGAAGCGAUACACUUGUCAACAAGCCAUUGAUGAUCCAUGGGUUUCGGGAGGUGCAGCAGCUACAAAGGAUAUUCAUGAAUCUGUCAGUACAAAUAUCAAGAAGAACUUUGCCAAAACAAAAUGGAAGCAAGCUUUUAAUGCUACAGCUGUGAUACGUCAUAUGCGAAAACUUGGUCUGCACGGUGGUUCUGUUGACAAUGGUGAGGGAAAGUAAACAAAGUCUGUGGCUGUGAUGAAGAAAAACUGAAUAUACUUGGAGACCCAGACAUUUUUUUUUUUGUUAAGAGUG